AUGUCUACCACUCUCUUCCGCUCACGAGCCGCCUUCUCAGGCCCACGAAUCGCUUCUUCCGCUCGCCCUGCCUUUCCCAAGUCGAACCUCGUCCAGCGCCGCAACGCAUCGUCCUCAUCGUCGGCCGGUGACGGAGCUACUCUCAAGGCUGCUCUCUACGGUACUGCUGGUGCUGCAGUCAUCUACGGCGCUUACCUCUACGGUACCGAUACUCGAGCUUUCUUCCACAGAUGGAUUGUUCCUCCGGUUCUGCGGUGGGCUUACCCCGAUGCCGAGGACGCUCACCAUGCUGGUACAUCUGCGCUGAAGUUUCUCUACGAGUUCAACCUGAACCCUCGCGAGCGCGAUACCACUCUCAACUCUCCUGAACUUGUCGUCAACGUCUUUGGAACUGAAGUGCAGAACCCAAUUGGUAUUUCCGCUGGUCUUGACAAGGAUGCCCAAAUCCCAGAUGCGUUGUUUGACCUCGGAGCUGGUAUCGUCGAGGUCGGAGGCUGCACACCCCUUCCUCAGGAGGGCAACCCCAAGCCUCGAGUGUUCCGUGUUCGCGGCCUCGACGGCAUGGUCAACCGAUAUGGUCUGAACUCUCGCGGAGCUGACGAUAUGGCCAUCCGACUCAGGGACCGACUUCGACGGUUCGCCCGAUCCCUGGGUGUGACUGAACGCGAUGUACUUGACGGAAAGGCUAGUGUCCCCCCCGGAAGUCUGCGAGAUGGCCGACUUUUGGCUGUUCAGAUUGCCAAGAACAAGGAGACGGAUGAGCGGGAUGAGAAGGCUAUUGCCGAGGACUAUGUCUACUGUGUGCGAAGACUAGCACGAUAUGCCGAUGUUCUAGUCGUCAACGUUAGCAGCCCUAACACUCCUGGUCUUCGCGAUCUCCAGGCUACCGAGCCUCUCACACGGCUCCUCAGCGCUGUCGUCGAGGAGGCUGCCAAGACUGACCGUAAGCAAAGGCCCAAGGUCAUGGUCAAGGUCUCCCCCGACGAGGAUGAGAACACCCAAAUGGAGGGCAUCGUCGAGGCUGUUCACAGGAGCGGUGUUGACGGAGUUAUCGUGGGCAACACCACAAAGCGACGAGAUGGUGUCAUCCCCCCAGGUGUCAAGCUCACUUCUCAAGAGCGACAGAACCUGAUGGAGACUGGCGGUUACUCAGGCCCAGCCAUGUACAGCCGCACACUAGACCUUGUUGGCCGAUACCGCAAGAUGUUGGACUCCCGCUCUUUCGCGGCCAACUCUGGCCAUACCCAGAAGGUUAUCUUCGCAACAGGAGGCAUUACCAACGGCGAGCAGGCACGACAGAUCCUAAACGCUGGUGCAAGUGUAGCGAUGGUCUACACAGGAUUGACAUACGGUGGCUCCGGCACUAUCACCAGGAUUAAGCAGGAGUUAAAAGACGGUGUAAAGAAUUAG